GGUCACCGUAGUCGAAUCUUCAAAUCAAACCAACCGUUGUUAUCUACAAGAGCUUUGUACCAGGUUGUCGUGAUUCCGCCUUCAUUUUGCAAGCCUCCACAGGUGAACUUGCCUCUGAAGAACAAUCGCAAAUCAAGUAGGAGGAGCCUUCCCGACCAUUCAUUACCGAGACAAUUACCAUCUCAUGGACAGGUCUCCAGCACCAGCCUGGGAGGUAUUGAAGGACUUUCGGGAUGCCGGUCACGGACAUCACACAGAGAAGCUAUAGCUGUUCACGGGAAGGUAUAGAUGCUUGGGCGCUGACAGUUCUGCGACAAACAUAGACAGCAAUCCUUGGUAUAUAGCUGUCUGUCGUUUCAUGCCAACGAGUAACACCCCUCUUCCGUAAGUACAGGGUAUCGCCACGGUGGGAGGCUACCGAAUAUCGCCCAGUAAGAGCGGUGUAUUAAUCGUCAGAAAAGCAAAAUUGAAUGGCAAGGAGCGGCUCCGCAGAAACCAGCCGAUAUCAUUCUUCCUGCCUUUGUGGUCUCUCUCGCGCGGCGCUGCGCGCUGUUCUGUGCAAGGCGCGCGGCUCGUUCGCACACCUGCACAAACUCGAAUCUCAUGUACCACCCCGGCAGUUCCUGUAUGGCUUGUUGGCGGGAUGUGGGUGUGAUCGCCGACCGCUCGAGCAGGGGAAGCACCGCUCAGAUCAGAGACAGCACUAUCCGCCACAGCCUGAUUUGCAGAGCCAGUGUGCCCGACGCGCCGGGCUCCCCGUCCUGGACUCCCAGUAUCCGUCGCCAACUCUUGAGGUACCAUGGCUAUCUGCAACAAUGAGAAAAGUUCCCUACGGCUGGGACGCUUAUAUCGACCAUUUGCUCAACAGGUUUAGCCUCGUGCAAGGAUUGUUCAUUGCUUCGCCCUGAUGUUAGGCCUUUCCAUGCACAUUCUGACAACGUCGAUGGUGCAUGUCUGGGGUCUUGGUCCGCGAAGGGCCUGCCAGUCUGCCGCAGAACGGGGGGUGUUAUGACUCGGGACGCCUUAGACUGGGGUGCUCCAUUGCGAAUUUUUUGGGCUAUAAUGGGCCAUUCCGCGGUUGGUUGGCAGGACCUUGGGCCACAAGAAUCACAAUUUAUGGAGCCUCCUAGCCACAGAAACUUCCCUUUUGGCUCUGUCAGCUCAUCUGCACCCUUGGCUGCUUGAAUGGAUCAACGUUUCGGAUUGGAGAAGUCUGCGAUCAGCUUGAAGCGAGCCCGAGUCAGCACAACGGAAACGAUCAAGUCUGGCAUGCUAGGUUGUAGUUUGAGUACAUUGGGGGACUCGACGCGUUUCACAGCAACAACGUCAAGCUGACAUAAAGAAACACCAGCCCGGUGAGGGCUGGAGCGGAGCCUAUCCGAGAGCAAGGUCUAUUUCCUUCCACAAUAUUGUACCGGUACACUAAGGCUCAAGGAGCUUAGGACUCGUUCUCGCGCUCAUCCAAACAAACGCAGAUUGCGGCAAUCAAGGUCAGAUCGACGCCUGGGGCUACUGUGACAAAAUACUGUGCGAAGAGACAUAUGUCAGCACUCAAGACGCCCAAAUUGAUGCGGCCAAUCGACUCUUGACGCAACGUACAGUCUGCUUGUCGCCAAAAAUCUGGCGAACAUUGAAGAAGCUUCUCGAGAUGUGUGCGACGGGACGUCCGCCGAAGGUGAUACUCGCAGAUCGGUCAAACCAGUCUCCUGUGACUUCCAAUUCGAUUUCAUUGCCGUCUGACUGGUUUUUGAAGUGGACAGUCGAUCGUGAUGAGAGCACUAGGUUGUCGGGGCAUCAGAGCCUUUCCACAGAGAAUCCAGGGAGAAAUCAUGACAAAAUGUGCGAGCUCUGCCGAGGUCGAGAAAUUUGACAUGGCACGGGAGAAGGACGAGAACAAGCGCUUGAAUUACCUGAGAAAUGACCUUUCACCUGAAAAAUAUCACUGCCAUCCGGCCUUUCUGCGUGGAAGCUUUUGUGCAGCGAGAAAUACUUGUUCUUGAGAGUGAAGAUCUCGUUGCCUUGCAUGUCCGUGAACUCUUGUGACAUCAGAAGUCAGUUAGCUUUGGCCUCUGGUAAUGACUUGACUGCACAAUCGGUGGGGGUGGGAAGCAUACUCUUAGCACCGCUGAUGGACAGAACUUUGCCCUUGCAUUUGCAGACUUGAACUCCGGCAACGGUGGUGACAGUGAAAUCAUCACCAGUGAGUGAGAAGACUUUCUCUUUCAUCUGCAAGGUCUGCUCAUUGGGCUGACAGAACAUCUGGUUCGGUCCCAGAGGGGGAUUGAAAGGUGCGAGUGGCGCCAUGAUCGAUAGUGAUGAUAGUGAUAGAAAGAGGUUCUCAGUAGGCAGUUAUUUAACCCACGGUUCACCAGAAAUCAGCAUGUGCAACAGCUAAUC